AUAACGACUCAGUGAAACAUCAAUUUCGUUUUUUCUCCCUCUUGUUCAAAAUGGAAGUCGACUGGGAAACACCAUGCAUCUAUAAUCACUGUUUCCUUCCACAUAUCCGACGUACAAAUAAACUGAGCCGCUAAUCUUAUACAUACACACGUGUGUUUCUUUCAUGUCCACGCCAAAACACUCGUCCGAUAUACAAGUAGAUAGAGCGAAGCACAAUUCUUUGUCGUUACAAUUCAAUCUAUUCCACUUUCAACUGUUUACUCCAAUAUUACACAUUCUACUCCACUCGCUUUCUCCUCGGAACCGAGGUUUACCUUCGCAUGAUGUAUGGAGAUUGGAAUGGUAACUGAAACAGAAAACUAGAAGAGUCUUAUUUGCUUUUCUGACUACAUCUUGUUGAGAUGCCAAAGUCACACACUAUAUGAAGACUACUCAACAGAUCUAACUAGCUCACAACACAACAGACUUUUUAUCCUGUAACACCUAAAUAUGCAGGAAAAAAUUAUUUACUAGUCUUUAUUUGACUUAGUAUAAAGUUUGUGUAUAUUGUACAUACCUUAAUUUUCGGGACCUAAAUUGUCUUAAAAACCUUGUGAUUACUUGUAAAUUAUUUGAGCAAGAUAUUCAUAUACACCUGUAUUUUAAUGAGUACAUUGUAUUAUAUACACCUCUAAUUUUAAUACUGGUUUUUAUGAUAAACUACAUAUAGUACAUGGGGUUCUACAGUAUUUAAGACAAAUAUGAUCAGUGUAAAAAAUUUUAUAUGCACAUAUAUAUAUAUUUAUAAAUUAUUCAAAAGUCAUUAAUUCUUUCAAUGAUCCCUAGAUAUCAUAACUGCUUGCAUGCAAUGAUCAAGCAUAAAGAAUCCUUACAGCUUGUCCAAACUUUCCUCUAAGAGCCAAGUAUUUGAAUUGUCAAGAAUUAUUAACAGUAGGUGUUUAAGGUGAUGAUUUAAGAAUUGACAAAAUUUAAAAAGAAUUGGUUUUGCUUGCAACACCAUGACUGCUAUGGAAUGAGAUAUUCCUUAUGUUUUAAACAAAGCUCUUCGCAUACAUAUAAUUAUGAUGUUUCACAUGCAACCUGUUUAUCCAAGUUCAUCUUCUGUGGAUAACCAGUACAGAUAUGACGUCAACAACAAGCCAUUUCAACAACCUGAAGAUAACAAUCACUCACGCUACCAUCACCACCACCACCACCAUCACCACCAUCACCAUGAACCCACUUGCCCUCAUUAUUUAAACAAUUCAGUCAAGGGUGGCUACCAGUGUCGGAAUAACCGUGAACAUUUAAAUGCACCAGAGUCGCAAACUUCUGCCAAGGUCGCAAGUCACAGCAGCAAACCUUACAAGUGUGAAAUUUGCCGCAAAAGCUUUAGUCGGCGAGCAAACCUUCAAAAUCAUGAACACAGUGCAUUUUCCGGAAAUAGUGACCGGCAACAGCAUCAUAGUUGUGUCUACUGCCAGAAAGUGUUUGCUCAGAAAGCACAUUUGCGCAGCCAUGAGCGGACACACACAGGUGACCGCCCUUACGCAUGUUCAGUUUGUCUUAAGUCUUUUAGCCAAAAAGCUCAUCUCAAAGUACACGAGCGCACCCAUACAGGGGAACGGCCUUUUAAAUGUCCCACCUGUCCAAAAGCAUUCAGCCAGAAGGAUCAUCUUAGUAACCAUAUAAGGACACACUCUGGAGAGCGACCAUUUCAAUGUUCCCAUUGUUCAAAAGCAUUCAGCCAGCGUGCACACCUUCGUAACCAUGAGCACACACAUGCAUGUCACAAGCCAUAUGUCUGCACCUUAUGUGACAAAGCGUUUGCACAAAGAAUUAACCUACUCAGUCACAUCAGAACUCAUACAGGUGAGAAACCAUUCUCCUGUGAUAUAUGUGGGAAGAAUUUCUCCCAGAAAGGCAAUCUCAAGACUCAUAAACGCACACAUGGCAACAAAAAAAUCUUUGAAUGUAAUGUCUGUGGAAAAGUCUUCCCUCAAAAAUCAAUCCUACAGUGUCAUGAGAAAGCACAUAUGAUGCCAAACUUGGCUGAAGUGAAUCCAUCAUCAAACAAGGAUCAAGUUUUCCAGUACAACCUACCAGAAUCUGGUGGUGUUAAUCAACUAUAAAUUCCUUCGUUUCUCAUGAUUGUUAUUCUCAGUUUUUAGGAAUUUAGGACCUGAAUGUGUCAUCUUAAUUACUAUUAAGUGUAUCAUUUUAUUGGCUAUUCAUCAAUAUAGAUUUCAGUAUUAAUUAAAAAAUCAUUUAUUCACAA